UGAAGUCGAGUCCACACGACGUGUCUCAUUAUCACGAGUUGCCGAUUGAAUUGAUAAUACGAGUGUAUCAGUCGAUGUGGGGAAGCCAGACUGCCAGCGUUAUCAGUCGUAACACAACUAUUGGGGAGGCAAGACGUGUCUACCUUGUAAGUGACGAAACACGAUCCCAAGUGCAAAGAAUACAUCGGUCAGCUGCUAGACCAAACUGGCAAAAUGGUGAACGAAGCAAAUGGCAAUGCGCCCGCGCCGCAGGAGCUGGAGACCUUCCUGUCUACAGAAGACAAGAAGGAGAAAGUUGUCAACAAAUACAACCUGUCGGGAGAUGCCGAGUCGGCGGACUUCGACCCUUUCGCCGAAAGGAAAUUGGAUAACCCCACUUCAAACAUGGACACGCUGACCCAUCUGUUGAAGGCGUCGCUCGGCACCGGUAUCCUCGCCAUGCCCAAGGCCUUCAAACGCGCUGGUCUCGUCAACGGAAUAUUGUUCACCGUCCUCGUAGCCGUCGUUUGCACUCACUGCGCUUACGUCCUUAUUAAAUGUGCGCACGUGCUCUACAAAAAGACUAAGAAAACCCAGAUGACCUUUCCUGAGGUUGGACAAGCGGCUUUAGAGAACGGUCCUCAAAGACUCCGGGCUUGGGGAAAUGCUUUCAGGAUCUUCAUAUUAGUCAGUCUUUUCGCGACUUACUUCGGAACUUGCUCAGUGUAUACAGUCAUCGUAGCCAAGAACAUUCUUCAGGUCGUGGCGUAUUACAUGGGUGAAGAGGAAGACAAAGUUGAAAUAAGAAUAUUCAUAAUUGCCCUCCUACUGCCUCUCAUCUUCAUGGCAUGGAUCCGCAACCUCAAGUACUUAGCUCCAGUCUCAAUGAUUGCCAACGUAUUUAUGGGUCUCGGUCUCGGAAUCACCAUGUACUACCUGGUCGGUACCGGAGAGUUGCAGACGGAGAACAUCAACUCAAUGCUCUUCAAACCACCCACGGAAUGGCCCGAAUUCUUCUCUCUGACCAUCUUUGCUAUGGAAGCUAUCGGUGUCGUGAUGCCCCUAGAAAAUGCCAUGAAGACCCCAGGCGCUAUGCUGGGAGUCACAGGAGUCCUGAACAAAGGCAUGAGCUUCGUCUGCGUAGUGUACAUCCUCCUCGGUUUCCUCGGCUACCUUCGCUUCGGAGAAGACGUUUUAGAUUCUAUCACUCUUAAUCUGGCUCAAUCUGAUAUUCCUGCCCAAAUUGUCAAGAUCGCCAUUGCUAUCGCCGUGUACUGCACAUACGGACUGCAGUUCUUUGUGUGCGUCGAAAUCAUGUGGAAUGGAAUUAAGGACAAGUACACCAAGCGCCCGGACCUGGCUAACUACGUCAUGAGAACUCUCCUGGUUACCGCCUGCGUGUUACUUGCCGUCGCCGUGCCCACCAUCGGACCCUUCAUGGGUGUCAUUGGCGCUUUCUGCUUCUCCAUACUCGGACUCAUCGCGCCCGCCUUUAUCGAAGUCAUCACCUACUGGAACAUUGGCUUCGGACCUGGAAAAUACCUGAUCUGGAAGAACAUUUUAGUAUUACUGUUUGGUCUUUUCGCUCUCAUAUUUGGCACCAAAGAAGCUAUAAACGACAUUAUACGUGUAUACACCUUAUCAUAAAUAUGAGCUCGCGUUCGGCGCAGCUUUUAUUCAAAAAUUCUGUGUUAAUGUGUGAUAGAUGUUAGCGUACAGCUUAGUGAUUAGUUAUAGAUAAUUUUAUACCACUUUUGCGUGCAAUACUUUGUAACGUUCAAUCAAGCAGCAGUGUCUGGCAGGUCGUUAUAAUUUUGCAAGACUGUAUUUUUGAUUCCCCAAUCUAAGUACUUGUAAACUUUUCGACCAAGGAAAUAUAACGAAAAUGAACAUUCUGUUGUAUUGGUUAAUAUGAGUUCCGCUGCUAAACCAAUGGUGCUACUUAUUGCAUAUUGUCAAUAUUUGCUCCACAUUAUUAACUUGUUAUUGAUACUUUAACGAAAAGAGUUUUGCCUAAUAUUCUGCGUAUUUUAUGAAACGUAUAAUAUAUUUAUAAGUAUACAAUUUUUAAUUGGGGCAUGUAAAAUUUAUCUAAAAUCGCGAUUACAUUCCCAAAUCAGAACUGAAUAAUGAUGGAUGGUGUACUUAGAAACAUAUAAGUCAACAUGUAUUGUCGAAUGUGUGAUGUAGGCACGGUGAAGUAAUGGAUUAAUGGUUCGAUACAAAAUUAGCUGCGCAUGUGCACCUUAGUUAAGUCUUUCCCGAACUAAACGAAGACCAAAUAGCGAUUGGAGUUAGUUUUAAUCUAUUAUGAUGUCAGUACUUAACAUCCACUGUCCUUAGUAUAAUUAUCAGUGUAAAUGAACAAAUGCCUUCAUAAUUCAACUUAUUUCCAUAAAGUUGAACAUUUCUUUAUCUUAUAUUGGUGACUGGGAUCUUGCAUUUAGUGUUUGUAAGCUUACUGAUUUAUAAACAACUGUACAUUAUUUAUAGAGAUAUGUGGGUAUUUUGUAAGUGCGUUAUGCGAAUUUCAAUUUUCAUAUACAGCACUUUAUGAUAAGUUUUCAAAAGAUAUACUGUAGAACUGUAAUAUGAAUAAGUACAUAGAGUCACGUGUGAUAAUACAUAAACAAGAUAUAUCAUGAGAGAGGCCUUCUUUCAUAAUCUAGAAAUCUAGCCUAAAACUAAAUUGUCCAUUACUAUAUACAGAGA